AUGUUUUGCCGGCCCCGUACUCACGGCAGAGCGGCAACACCCCAGCCGCUUCGGCGGCACCCGCCAACCCGGCACCUCGCCCGUACUCCGGGCUCCCUCCAGGCCAUGCUUGCUCCGGCCGUCCGCGAACAGGCGCAGGCGGUCAUCGCCACUCUGCAAUUGCAGAUCGUCACACGCUUGCAGGCGGAACACACGCGGGCCAAGGUGCUGAACCUCGAGACGCGCACGCGGCUCAGCCACUUCCUCCAGGCCGUGUUUUCGGGCGACUACACGGCGGCCGGCGAGGUGCUAGGCCGCUUCCGAAGCGCGUGCACGUGGACCGGGGCCAGUGACAAGAGCGUGCCCAUCUACACGUCGUGUUUCGCCACGCUCCUCACGCAGGCGUGCCGGCCGGACAAGCGGAUGCCCACCAUGCUGGACCUCACGGCGCUCGUGGCGGCCGCAGAGCGUCUCCCGAGACGCGUGGGCCUGGCGGCGCAGUCCCCGCACCCGACGCGGAUCCGCUGUCUUGUCGUGCUCGUGCUUCUCCGGAAACUCGCGGCCACGCCGCCGGCAAACCGCAUCGCGCACGUGAAUCUCGUGGCGUACAUCCGCGGGCUCGCGGCCCAGUUUGCGUUGUCUGCGGAGGACGUGCUUGCGCAGUUGCGGGCCCUGGGGCCGGGCCUUUUUGCGCAGUUCAACCAGGUGUUCCGGCGCAACGAGCGCGGGCCCGGGCCUGCGGACGAGGUCCACGUGGCGCUCCGCAACGCGUUGGACGCCUUGAGGGACGACGAGCGCUCGUUGUCGUUCGACGCGCUCUGCACGUUUUUGGAGCGCCACUCGUUCGACGCGGCCGGCUUCUCGCCGCGGCCGACGGCCAAGUACUACGAGAUCUUCGACUCGCUCAGCGGCCAGGCCAGAGCAGACUUUCUCGACGCGUACCUCUCGUACAACCACAAGAAACAGCUUUUGGUCGAGGACGCGUCGCAAAACGUGUACCGCGCCGUGUCCAGCCUGCGGCGCAUGGUGGGGUUCACGGCGCUCCACAAGGCGUGGAUUGCGGCCUGGCUCCAGGCCGCCAACGGCCACGUCCAGCGGCUGGUCACCUCGCGCGCCGACCUCGAGAAGUUUGCCUUCGUGUUCAGCUACUUGUCCGUCGAGCACGUCACGUCCUUGUGCCUCACGCACAUGCUCUCGGCCACGGUGCUUGCCCCGCACGCAAAGGCGCUCCACCUAGCGUCGCGCAUCGCCUGGUCGCUCCGGAAGGAGUUGGGCCAGGCCGACAAGGUGGUGUUCUCGCCGAAGAACCAGGACUUGGUGUUCGGCGCCGACCACGCCCUCGAGCUUGCGUGCUCCCUCAUCAAGAUCCUCAUCCAGAGCUGCAGCCUCCCCGAGUCGAGCGCCAUCACCAGCCAGCUCGAUGAGCUGUGGGCCGGGAGGGUGUUCCAGUUCGGCGUUGCGCAUGGCGAGGCGGACAUGCCCAAACUCUGGCGUUUGGGCACCGUCAAGAUCCAUCCGGUGGUGGCCGAGCACUUCAGGAUCAACCAGGAGCUUUUCCAGACGGGCGAGUACCGGUUGCCCAUGAUCCACCCGCCGAAGCCCUGGAAAUCGCCACGCGACGGCGGCUUCUUGUCCAUCCGUCUCCCCUUGGUGAAGUCCUCCGAGCCCAUGACCUCGGACGCAUACAUGGAGCAGGCCCACCAAACAGGCCAGUUGACCUCCGUGUACCUGUCGGUGAACGCGCUCGGCGCGUGUGCCUGGACAAUCAACGGGUUCACGCUAGCCUCGUUCAACGCGUUGUGGGAUCGGCCCAACAUCCGCGCAUUGCUCCCCAGCUUAGCCCCACGCCUCCAGGAAAACCUCCCCCAGCCCUCCCGAAAUGCCUUCCCUGACGACCACAGCUAUCAGCAGGCAUUGGCCAAGUGGAAACACGUGGAGCUGGAGAACAGGAAGAAAUCGCAGGACGCGCAGAGCUUGCGCAUAUACUACGGCAUGGUGAAGAGACUCGCCAACAGUUUGGCAACAAACGGCGAGAUCAUUUACUUGCCCCACAACAUGGACUUCAGGGGCCGCGUGUACCCCGCCGUGUCAUUACUCUCGCACCAGAACGAGGACUUGGUCCGGUCGUUGUUGAUGUUCUGGGAAGCAAAGCCGCUUGGCCCCGACGGCUACAACUGGCUCGUGUACCACCUUGCAAAUCUUUACAACAAAAAGAAAAUGACCAUGGCGGAGCUGAAGGAGUUUGUGGAGCAGCACAAGAACCCCAUAAGGGAAUCGGCCGCAAACCCUCUCGCAGAGGAUGCUUGGUGGGUUCGAGCAGAUACCCCAUGGCAGGUCCUCGCAUUGUGCAAUGAGCUCGACAAGAUUUGGGGGUAUUCGGGCGACAUCUCGACGUUCAAAAGCCGAAUCCCGGUCCAUCAGGAUGGAUCAUGCAAUGGGCUUCAGCAUUACUCGGCCUUGGGUGCCGACAAGGAAGCUGCCCGGGCAGUCAACAUUUUACCUGACGAAAAGAUGCAGGAUGUUUACACCACAGUUCUUGGCUUGGUAGAGUCAAGAGUUGAAAAAGACAGGAACUCAGCCAAAGAGCUGGACCAAGACUUGGCACGCGAGGCCAAGAAAGUCUUGUCUCGAAAGCUCAUCAAGCAAACCGUGAUGACUACCGUGUAUGGAGUCACGCCUUAUGGAGCGACGAGACAAGUUCAGAAACAGAUCGCCGAUAUCGCGCAAACCGGCUCUGCAAUAUCAAUCCCGGAAAGCAAGCAACUUAUGCUUGCCAAGUUCAUCUCUCAUCACACUCUAGAAUCAAUCUCUAAUUUGUUCGCAGGUGCCAAGCUCAUUCAGCACUGGUUGGUCGAUAAUUGUGCGCGGUGCAUUCAGGCCUUCGACAAGAAAGAUUAUCCCCGUGACGAGAACAUCGAUUUUUUCGGUGGAAAGCACUACAGGCCCAUGAUGUGGACAUCGCUCUCGGGGUUUCCUGUCAUACAAAUGUAUCGCAAAAGACAGAUUCGGGAACUUGUCACGCCCUUGCAAAGGUUGUGCUUGAACGAUGACACGCAGCUCGCCCCCAUUGACGAACUUAGGCUGAAGAAUGGCAUUGCUCCAAAUUUCAUACAUUCGAUCGAUGCCAUUCAUCUUCUUAUGACGUGCUUGGGUGCCAAGGCUGAAAACAUUACAUUUGCGUCUGUGCACGACAGUUUCUGGACUCACGCUGGUGAGGUGGGGGUUCUUUCAAGGGUUAUACGCGAAGAAUUUGCUCGCUUGCACAGCUCCAACAUAAUCGAAAAUCUUCGCCAGGAUGUGAAGCACAUUAACCGGAACAGCCAUCAGCUUGUAUGGGCCAAUAGGAAGCACGACGAGCGUUUUGUCACCGAUUUGGUUGACCUUCGAAAGACCUAUGAAUCUACCCACAAAAAGCUAGAGAGUGCAAGCGUUGGUUGA